UCUGGCCACUGGGGGAAGCCACACGGGACGACGAGGAAAAAAAAAACAACACACUCGUCUCUCUAAUAAGUCAGACUUAUCAGAAAACACGCUCGGCAGCGAGGAAAAACUCCUCCACAUCGCAGUGUGUAUGAGGUACAUGAAGAGAAGCUCGGCCAGGCUUUCUUUUCUCCGCGAAUGAAAGGUGCUCAUUCGUCCGAAGGAUACACAGAAUGCACCAAUUCUGAAACAAAGGGGGUCUGGAGCGUCGUGGUCUCUUCGGUGGAAAGACACGGGCUGUGAGGCGACGGGCCUUUCUGGAUGGGAAAGAUGGAGCCAGAGGGACAGUGGUGGAAGAGCCAGCUCGCAGCAGACAUCCAUCAGGCUUUGAGAAUUAAGGAGCUGAAGUUGCCCACAUACCAUGCCCAUUCCCCCCAAAUAGGAAUGAGACGCUACUUUGCUGACCUGCUAGCUGUCCUCAGUAAUCGCUACCAGUUGUGCCCCACAGCGCGCCACCUUGCUGUCUACCUGCUCGACCUCUUCAUGGACCACUAUGAUGUAGCUGUGAGGCAGCUUUACAUUAUAGCUCUUUCCUGCCUGCUCCUAGCAAGUAAGUUUGAAGAGAAAGAGGACCGCGUGCCCAAGCUGGAACAGCUGAACACUCUGGGCUUCAUGUGCAGUCUGAACCUGGCUCUCAACAAGCGUGACCUUAUCAAAAUGGAGCUGCUGCUGCUGGAGACUUUUGGCUGGAACCUGUGCAUGCCCACGCCUGCUCACUUCAUCGACUAUUACCUCCACGCGGCCGUGCAGGAAGGAGAUCUGCAUAAUGGCUGGCCCCUGACCUCACUGUCCAAGACCAAAGCCUUUAUGGACAAAUACACACACUACUUCCUGGAAGUCUCCCUGCAAGACCAUGCUUUUCUGAGCUUUAGACCCUCUCAGGUGGCAGCAGCCUGCAUUGCAGCCUCUCGCAUCUGCCUGCAGAUCUCUCCCAGUUGGACCACAGUGCUCCACCUGCUCACGGGCUAUUCCUGGGACCACCUGACCCAGUGCAUCCAGCUCAUGCUGCUUGCACAUGACAAUGAUGUGAAAGAAGCCAACAAAUCUAAAUCAUCCCCCUCACAUGGCCAGGUGAGUCUGCAGACGCAGGCCCAUGCCUCCCCUAGUCCGGCCGCCUCGUCGCUGCAGAGGCAGCCAGCCUCCAGUUCACAGCAGCUGCUACUGCAGGCGGGCGCUUACCCGCAGCUCUCGCAGCACUCCCCUGCUCUGUCUCAGCUGCACAUGUUGGCUGAGUGCCAGGCGCUGGGCCCUGUGGGCUCGCGGGACUACCUCCAGCCACACCAUUCCAGCCUGCUGUCCGCCUCUUUGCCGGCCAGCUCCUUCCCAUCCUUCCCCAGCCUGGCGUCAGGGCUGUGCGGCCUGCCCCUGCAGGGCCCUCUCUCCAUGCAGGUGGGUGUGGGGGCUGAGCCUCGUCACUGUGUGGGCCUGGCCUACAGCAACGGCUACCUGGGAUCCCACCACACCUUCACGGCCAGCUGCUUCGACAGGUGACGCCAGGAGAGGGAGGACAGACUGAACUCGGCCCGUCCACUGUCGUCUGCCCUCUCUUCUUCCUCCACCACCACGGCCCCUGGCACAGGCUUUGAGGGACUCCGGCUUAGCCAGAGGCGCAGACUUUCCAAACAGAAAACGCGCAGCCGAGCGGACCCCGCAGAGGUCAUAGUAUUAACUUAAAACAGGCUCUCGUGUGAAGUUUCUUUUUUGUUUUCUUUUUUUCCCACAUGCAAGUGUCUGUUUCUCCAGGCAUUUGAGAAAGAAGCUUCUUGAUUGGAAAGACUGAAGACUUUGGUGACUCUAAAAUAACACAUUAUGAAUUUUCUACAAGACCUACAUGGAGAAAAUAGGGAGAAAAAAAAGAAUUCCAGCACCAGAUAUUUGACUGUUAGACAUUUGAAAAUGUCCCACUGGAGCAUUUUAUAUCCAUACAAAGCCUUAAGAAUAGAAACAGUGAUGAUCCAGAU